AUGAACGCCCACCGGCAAUUUACGCAAUGGGCGCUCACUCAAAACGUUGAGAUCAAUGGCGUUGCACCACACAGAUUUCCUGGCAAGGGACUUGGGAUAGUAGCAGAGAAAAACCUCAAGGUGGGAGAAACAAUUGUCAAAGUUCCCCUUGCUGCUCUCAGAACCGUACACACGGUCCCGAAGUAUAUCUCGAGCAAAAUUGGAGCCAUUACCGUACAUGGCCUUUUAGCUGCAGAACUUUCUCUCGAUACCACACCUACAUAUGCUUGUUGGCAGAAAGUUCUCCCGACUCAAGAGGACUUCACAGAAUCAUUGCCUUUAUUAUGGAAUACGGAAUUACAGCGUCUCCUCCCGGAAGCAUCUCAAGCUCUCCUAAAGAACCAAAAGAAAAAGUUGUCCUUGGACUGGGUAGCUGUUUCAAAGGCUUUCCCAGAAAUGGAAUACGAGAAGUAUCUGUACAAUUGGCUGGUAGUCAACACAAGGACGUUUUACUUCCUUGAUCCGAAAAAAACGAAGAUACAACCUACUCCUGAUGAUUGCAUGGCCCUUAACCCCUUCGCAGAUUACUUUAAUCACUCCUCUAAUGGGUGCAAUGUCUCGUUCAAUGCCAAUGCCUAUCAAAUCAGCACCUGCACCCCUAUUGAAAGGGGAUCUGAAAUCAAUAUCAGCUACGGAAUGCACAGCAACGACUUCCUGCUUGCCGAGUAUGGAUUCAUCUUCCCCGAAAACGCUUCGGACCAGGUCUCGCUUGACCAAUUCAUCCUGCCACUCUUAUCCAACAAACAAAAGGAUGACUUGGAAGCGGCUGGCUUUCUGGGGAAAUAUGUCCUGGACAUAAAUGGUGUCUGCUAUCGAACAGAAGUAGCGUUGAGAAUUCUAUGUCUUUCGCCGAAGAAAUGGCAUAGGAGUAUCGAUGGAUCAGAUGAUGGGGAGGCGAUCCAGGCGACUGUGGAUCAAUUGGUGAUCAAGGUGCUGUUGGAGUUUAAUAGUCACGUUUCAGAGAUGCUUCUAAAGGUAUCGAAAAUUGAUUCUGAGCUUGCUGGUCAAGAGACCUUGAGCGAGCGUUGGGAGCAAAUCCGCCUGCUUUUGCAGGUCACUAUUAAUAGAAUACGCAAUGAAAGCUCCGCAGCUUGA